AAGACGAGUAGGAGGUGGAAGAGGAGAGGGAGGAGGAGGAGGAGGUGAUGGAGGGGGAGGAAAACGAGCGGGAGGUAGAAGAGGUGAUGGAGGAGGAAGGAGACGAGCAGGAGGUGGAAGAGGAGGAGGGUGAGGAGGAGGAGGAGGAAGAGGAAGAGGAAGAGGAAGAGGAGGAGGACAAGGAGGAGGAUGAGGAGGAGGCAAUGGAGGGAGAAGAGGAGCACGAGGAGGAGGAGGAGAAAGAGGCAAUGGAUGAGGAAGAGGAGGAGGAGGGGGAGGAGGAGGAGGAGGAGGAGAAGAAGGAGAAAGAGGCGAUGGAGGAGGAGGAAGAGGAGGAGGAGGAGGAGCACGAGAGAAGGGCAACGCCAGGCAAUCAAGCAAUCAACCAACCAACUAUUCGUUCAUUCAAGAUCCACAAGGAGGAGGACGAGGAGGAAGAUGAAAAGGAAGAGGAGGACGACGAAGCUGAGGAAGAGGAGAAAGAGGAAGCCAAGGAAGACGAGGAGGAAGCCGAGGAGGAGGAGGAGGAAGACAAGGAGGAAGACAAGGAUGAAGAGGAGGAGGCGAAAGCCAAGGAGAAAGAGGAGGAGGAGGAGGAGGAAGACAAGGAGGAAGAGGAGGAGCAAGAGGACGAGGAAGAGGAGGAGGAGGAAGCCGUGGAGGAAGAGGAGGAGGAGGAGGAAGAGGAGGAGGAGGAGGUGGAGGUGGAAGACGAGGAGGAGGAGGAGGACAAGGUGAAAGACGAGGAGGAGGAGGAAGAGUAGGAAGAGGAGGCUCACCUUAGUGAUGGGUAGAGGAGCAGCUCCUGGUG